CCACAGCUCCCAGCUCCCAGCUCCCAUCCGACUACGCUAGGUACACUACUCCAAUCUGCUGAAUACUCUCAGGCGGUCCACUACACUACUUUUUUGUUCUCUCCACCUCCCAAAAAGCCAUAGUGCAAGGCAUUGCUUGAGACGAGACAAUCUGCCACCGACCAGACAGAAUCUCGUCUAGCUUAUCCCCCCCCCUUUAGCUGCCGGCGAAGAAAACAAAAAAAUCAUCAUGGCCUCCAAGACCAUUACGCUCUCCAUUCGUCCGAGGGGAAAGCCGAUCAAGAAGCUCCCCGAGGAGACCGCGGUUGCUCCCGAAGACAGCACCGAACAGUUGUACAAGAAGAUUGCCGCGUCUGCAGGCACAUCGGUGCAUCGGCUGCGUAUUACCAAAGGAAUCGACGGCAGUGUCGUCGGCAAUGCAAAGAACGUUACCAUUGCGCAGGUGGACCUGCAUGACAAGAGCACCAUUUACGUCAAGGACCUUGGUCCCCAACUCGGCUGGCGCUUUGUCUACAUUAUCGAAUAUCUCGGGCCCCUCUUGAUUCACCCUCUUGUGUACUACUUGCGACCCUACAUUUUCUCUCUGCCUCCCUUUUCCGUGCCAUCUUCCAAGAUUGGUGCGCCAUCCGACUUGCAAACGCUCUCCUGCGCUCUUAUCACACUACACUUUCUCAAGCGCGAGUUCGAAACCAUAUUCGUGCACCGGUUUUCCUUGGCCACCAUGCCCGCUCGCAAUAUCGUCAAGAACAGCGGACACUACUGGCUUUUCUCUGGCCUUUUCCUUGCCCUCAGCAUCUAUCGACCCACCGGCCCCACUGAUUCGCCAUACAGUCCUCUACUCACUCCCCUCGGCAUUGCGCUCUUUUUUAUCGGCGAGCUAGGAAAUCUCUGGACGCACUUGACCCUGCGCGGACUUCGACCAGCCGGCUCCACGGAGCGCGGGGUACCGCAGACAUGGCCGUUCAAGCUCGUCACUUGCCCGAACUACAUGUUUGAAGCGUAUGCCUGGACUGGUGUCUUGCUGCUGACAAGGAGUCUUGCAGCUGCACUCUUCUUGGUCCUGGGUGUCGGUCAGAUGGCCGUCUGGGCAAAGAAGAAGGAAAGCAGAUACCGCAAGGAAUUCGGCGCAAACUAUCAGAAGAAGCGCUUCGCCAUGAUCCCUGGUUUGGUUUAGGAUAAGUUUUCUUUGCUUAUCAGGUGGUCAUUCAGAUAUGCACGAUACCGUAGUUAAUCUUACAGGCGUAGCGAAAAUUGGCGACAAAUAGACAAAAACGAAAAGUAGCGUCGUGAAUUUACAUCUCCCAAGUAUUAGACAGGAUAAGGGACGGGAACACUACAAAAAAUAGUUUGAUACGAGAGUACCGACGGGCAAUCGCUGGGAUAAUGUAAUGUAAUACGUAAAAAUAUAUGCAUAUGCAUUGCGCAACUAUAUAGGCUUAGCCAAAUCUCGGCAGAUCUAUACAUCUCUUCUCCCAAUCC